UGCCACGAAAAACUCAACAGUGCAGUCGUGAGAGCGUUUCCUCUGUGAACUGCUCUUCUCAAAUUUGUGGAUAUAGGAUGCAACGAAAAUAGUGCAAGAGAUACAAUAAACGGAAUGUAGUCCGAGCUCGAACUGUAUCCAAAUUCAAGAUGAUCGGCUGUGAAUUUAAUUUCCAUUCCCGGCCAGAAAUAUUAACGCCACCACAAAGUAGCCCGGAAUCAUUCGUCCCAGCUUCUGUUCAAAAGGCCAUGCACACACUAGAGCAUUCAGCAAUGGAACUAGGCCUUUCAGCCAAUGUCCCGAAUAUUAUUUACUCUUCGAUACCUAAAUGCGGAGGAUGUCAAAAGGCAAUUCUUGAUAGAUAUGUUCUUCGAGUAAUGGAUAGGUGCUGGCAUGCCGGUUGUCUUACUUGCCGGGAUUGCGGUGUUAGACUAUCAGACAAAUGUUAUGCUCGGAAUGGCCAUGUAUUCUGUAAAGACGACUUUUUCAAGUGUGGCAGGCGUUUCGGCACAAAGUGUGCUGGCUGCGGCCAGGGUUUGGCGCCUUCACAGGUCGUGCGUCGGGCGCAGGAUUUGGUCUACCAUCUCACAUGCUUCUUGUGCACUAUGUGCUCAAGGCAACUUGAUACCGGGGACGAAUUCUAUCUCAUGGAAGAUGGCAAACUCGUCUGCAAACCCGAUUAUGAGCAAGCUAAAGCUAAAGAACUUGCAGAUGGUGGAAGUAUUGAUGGUGACCAACCAAAUAAGAGACCGAGAACAACAAUUACAGCAAAACAAUUGGAAACAUUAAAAUUAGCAUACAAUAAUAGCCCAAAACCGGCGAGGCAUGUUCGAGAGCAACUUUCACAAGAUACGGGCUUGGACAUGCGCGUUGUUCAAGUUUGGUUUCAGAAUAGAAGAGCAAAAGAGAAAAGAUUGAAAAAAGAUGCUGGUAGAACACGAUGGUCCCAAUAUUUUCGCAGUAUAAAAGGUAAUGCAGGUGGUCAUUCUCCAAGGCAUGAAAAAUUACUUGAUAAAGAUGAGUUAAAGGUUGAUUUGGAUUCUUCAUUUGGUCAUAAUGAUUUAAGCAAUGACAGUUAUGGAACAGUUGUAAAUAUGGGCCUUGAUGGCGAAGGAUCAAGUCCAAGUGGUGGAGGCGGUGGGGGUAUUGGUCCACCGCGCACUUAUCUCGGUGCGACUACACCUCCAUAUUUAUCCACGUCCAGAUCGCCAUCUUUGCCACCUCAGUUUCCUUAUACUCCGGAUGCCGGUCUGUCUGUUUAUACGACACUCGGUGGUCCCGCCGGAAUAGUGGCAGGAACAACUUCGGAUUUAAGUAAUGAGUCAAGCGGGGUUGGAGGUCCAGGCAUUGGAGGUGCUGUUGGUUAUCCUGAUUUUCCACCUUCACCAGACUCGUGGUUAGGCGAACCGUCCAUGCACCCGCAUUCGCACCAUUCCCACCUUUCGCACUACACCACAUAGCCCAGCAAAACCAUAAUAUUUCAGCAAACACACCACGAAAUCUUGCCUUGGCUUUGACGAUUGUGUAAAUGUUUGGAAGAUCAAAACUGUUAUAUCUAUUCUCUAAACCUGUUCUAAAUUCCUGGGCCCAAACCUCUAUAUUAACAAUGAUCUUUCUCUCAAGAAGAGAUUUAUAAUAAAACAAAAUAUAUAUGCCACUAUCAUUUAUUCGUUAUGUAAUUUUAUUUUAUAACAAAUUAAUACAUCAACUACAUUAUAAAGUUGUAAACAUUUACUGAU